AUGGUGGAAAACAACGACAGAAGUUGGAAUUUACACUCGUGGACAUUUGUGGGCAAAGAUUGCUGCCUGUGGGGUAAAUUUGCAGAGAAUCUUCACACAGCUAGCCAAGAAACCGAAGGCAUGGUAAUAUGUCUACUACGAUUUGCUAAGAUUGGGCAAUAUAAAGGUGAAUUUCAAAUCUCAAAUGCUUAUGACGCAAGUCAGAUGUUUGUCAAUCCUGAGAUACUAGAAGCAGAUGAGUUUAAACAAAGAGAUAUUGGUGAUUCUCAAGCUUUAACCCUAGCUGAAUCAGAAGAGAACAAGCUUGAGUUGCAGAUGAAGAGAGAUAAAUGGAUGCAUUAUCCUCAAAGGAAUCUCCGAGAGCUAUUUGAAGCAACUGAGGAAAAACUAUGCAGAGUUGUUGCAACAAUCUAUGACAUUGAUACUGAUUGGGGAUGGUAUUACUUUGGCUGUCUAGGUUGUAACAACAAGAAGAUUCAAAAUUUACUGGUUAAGGAUGAUACUGGCGAAUCCCAUUUCCUGUUAUUGGAUUCAAUUGCUACUGGAGUUGUUCCUGCGUCUGCUACAACCCUACUAAACCGUUCUUGGGAUGAACUUGAAGAAGAUGAUCCAUUCCCCGAGGAAAUUACAAAUUUGGUUGGACAGACAUUUAUGUUUGGAGUUUACAUUCAGAAAGACAAUGCUUCAGGGGGGUGCUAUAAAGUUGGAAAGGUAUGGAAAGACCUACGUAUGCUAAUGACCUCUGAAAUAUCAGAGAGCUAUUCUGCUCCAGCCCAAGCAAGCCAGGAGCCAAUGUUAAUUGAAAAUCAAAGUGAUGAUAUUGUUUCUACUCCUUCUUCCAAGAGAAAAGAAGACAAUAAGGAAGCACCCGAACUUCAUUCUACCUCUAAAAAGCAGUGCACUAAAGCGAUCAAAAGCGAGAAGACAAGAAAUGAUAACUCUGGAUCGAGUUAA